UCCUGGGCUCAAGCAGUUCUCCCGCCUUGGUCUCCCAAAGUGCUUGGAUUACAGGCGUGAGCCACCACAUCCAGCCUGUUACGGACAUUUCUUCACAUUUUUUUUUUUGUUUUCACUGCCCAAGCCAGAGACCAUCUAUUGCAGAGGAUUCUCCCAGCCUACUAUGGCCCAUUUAAUCCUCCCCUUUUUUGACUUCUCUUAAGAACAUCAAGUCUUUGCUUGAAUCCUGGCCCCUCAGCAUCUAUUGCUUGGACCAUCUCCCAUCCCAAUGGAUUGGGUAGGACCAUCUCCUGCCCAGUCAGAUGAACAAACAUCACUGAGACAUCUCAUCUAUGUCUCAUGCACGCGUGUGAGCUUGUUAAGGAUGAGGAUGCAGCAAGAAAAUGCCUUCCAUGAACCAGAGAGCGGGAUCUUGCCAGACACCGAAUCUGCUGGUGCCUUGACCUUGGACUUCCCAGCCUCCAGCACUGUGAGAAAUAAAUGUCUACUGUUUGUAGGCAUUCAGUUUGACAGAUGGUCUUAUUCAUACACCUAGACUCUCAACUGCGAUGUUUGGGGUGCUGGGAGUCUCUCUCCUCAAGGUUUCUCACCCUGCAAAAGAGAUGGGGUCUCACUGUGUUGUCUACGCUGGUGUUGAACUCCUGGGCUCAAGUGAUCCUCCUACAGCAGCCUGCCAAAGCACUGGGAUUACAGAGGUGAGCCAUUGCGUCCCACCAAAGUUGCAAGUUCUUGAAGCCAGGAACUCAAGGCCCAGGCUCAGAACUCAUGGAACAUCAACAUGUCUCAUGCUAUUGACCAAACCAAGUUACAAGACCAGCUCAGAUUUGAGAGGAGGAGGAUCGACGCUCUCUCUUGAUGGAAGUUGCUGCCCAGAACUCGUGGCCACUUGUAUUAGACAACACACCUUUUCACCUCUCAGCCUGGAUCAUGCUCUGGCUCCUCUCUGCCCUGGUGCUCCUGGGAGCGCUGGCCGCCCCAGCAGGAAGCUCCAAGACAUGUCCAGCCUGCUCUUUGCUGCGAAACUGCACUGAAAUAACUUGUCGUUCUGCCCAGGACUCCUGCUUGUUUAGCCAGAUACAGCUGGAAAAUGGGACUCUCAUUGAGAAGGGGUCAUGUGUGGCCCCUGGAGAAUGCCAAGAAGGUGUCUACGCCCUGACCUAUGGCCCCCAUGCAAGUCUCUGGGUCAGCACAGCCUGUUGUGAAAACAACUGCAGUAGCCUUCCCCAGCAAGAGGCAGGGCCCAAGGCCAAGCCCAACACUGUGAAAUGUCACUACUGUUCCGGGAAUAUGUCAGCUUCAUGUGACUCCCUUUUGGUCAUGAACUGCACUGGGAAACAGACUGCAUGUGUCACCCUCAACGGGACCUGGAGUAGAGGGGGUCCCCAAAUUCUGAAGGGCUGUGCUACACCAGAGGUCUGCAACUUACAUGAGAAUGCCACCCUGGGUCCAGAAGACUCUGGAUUUCAUCUCACCGCUAAGCCUGAAUGCAACUACCUUACUCCUCCUACACAGCCAGGUCCUCAUGCAACUGUGACACACGCCAAAGCUGAGACCACCACCUGCUUCACCUGCUCAGACCUCCACAGCUGUGGCCCACUUCCGUGCCCAGAGGAUAAUAACUACUGCCUUCAGAUGGCGGGCAUCACAGACUUUGGAGAAGGUAACCCUGUCUCCUGGAGAAACGGUUUCUGUGUGACCUCCAAGGACUGCAAAUUUGGCAACUCCAUCUAUGCCCUGACCUAUGGCGUUGGCUUUGGCUUCUGGGUCAACACCACCUGUUGCCAAGGCAACUGCCAGGAGCCCGCCCCUCUCGCAACUCAUCUGGCCUCAGACACCCUGAGUGAGAUCUUGUGUCCUACAUGUCCUGGGAGCUCCUUGGAGCCCUGCAAUUCCUCCUUCUACAUGCAGUGUCCCAGUGGGGAAACUGAGUGUGUCCAGCUGGACCUGACGUCUGAAGAAGGCGGCCGGAACGUGAGCGUACGCGGCUGCGGCUCCAGAGACCUGUGCAGCGCCCUGGACUGGACCCACGGGCUCCCCGUGCUCCCGAGACAUCGGCUGUCCAGCCACUGCAGCCCCGGCCGCCGCGCCGUCCUGGAGUCCCACUGCCGCUCGGGCGCCGCGCCCGGCCUCCGCCUCACCCUGCCGGUUCUGGCGGUAGUCCUGGCGACCGCGACGCUGUCCUAAGGAAUCCCGCCUGGACCACCCUGCCGUCCAGGAAGCCCCCUCCUCCUGCUUGUUGGGCACCUCGCUAGAUGGUGCCCUGGCUCCCCUCUGCUGGGGCAAUGCGUGGACCUGGAAGCUUCUGGUGAGAAACUCAGGAAGUAGGGGUGAUCUUCCUCCCUCAGACUAGCGCUUCCCAAAGCCAGACCUUCUGCUCCAGACUCAGGGCUUACUCACGGCUAAGUCCUCUUUCCUCCCACCAGGGCCCCAAAGGCCAUGCCUCCAUCAGCCUAGGGUGUGUCUUCCCCCCUCAGACUAAGGCCACUCACCCCCUGCUGAGAUCAGACCUCUGCUCAGCUAAGGCGGGGGUGGGGGGGCGCUGUACCUCCCCCCUCUGACUGGCACUUUCCCCAAGGCUAAACCUCCUCCCUCAGAAGAGGGCUGUUCUUCCUCAGGUUAGAGACACCCCCAUAGCUACACAUUCUUUCCUUUAGAUCAGAGGCCCUCAAAGACUAAGCCUCCUUCUUCAAACGAGGGGGUCCCCAACAUCCGGCUGCUCCUGGACACCAGGGAUGUGUCUCUUCUCCCACACAUUGACAAGCAACUUCUCCUCUUUUGUUCUCCCUCUUUGGGGUCUAGCAAAAUCCUGGGCAGCCAAGGUGGGGCUUGAGGAUCCAAUACACCCGCUUCCAAGGUUUUCAGGGCAACCUCCUCCACCCCUACCGUGGUCCAAGACCGGGCAGGGAGCUUGGGUGGGGUGAAGAGCCUCUUCUGUGUGGGCUCAAUCUCCCAGCUGUAACCAGAUCUGAAUGAAUCACA